AUGUCGGAUUUCGAGGUUGAAAACAUACCUGCCAGUGCCACUGGCGUUUCGGAGCCAGAUCUUUUGGGAGUUGGUGAAGAAGACACAAUGCAGCGGGAACCACAUGAGGAAUCCACCGAAAAUGAAUUGAAUGACUUUUCCGCACCUAGUACUGAGAGUAGCAAUGGGGAUGCUAUACGGAACUGGAGAGAAAAGCGCGAAGCCGAUAUUGCCUCGAGGGACAAGGCCGAUCAGGAAGCCAAAAAAAAGCUGCAAGAGGCAGCGGUGAAGCACAUUGACGACUUCUAUGAGAACUAUAACAGAAAGAAAGCGCAACAGCAGGAAGAAGUAAAGCGUGAAGCGGAGGAGUUUCUGAGGAAGAAGCAAGAGUUCUUUUCGCAGGAAAAUACUACAACGUGGGACAGGGCACUGCAGCUAAUCAACGAGGACGAUGCCGAUAUUCUCGGAAACAGAGACAGAUCGAAGUUCAAGGAAAUCUUGCAGAGACUCAAGGGAAACCCUCACGCACCCGGUGCCUGA